AAAUUCGAAUCCCUACCUGAGCCAAGUUGUAAAGUGACCUUGUACAUUAAAUUCGCUAAAACAAAGUUUAAACCGGAUGUAGUUCUAGGAAAGGAGGAGAUAGUGGAGGAUCUGUUGAAAGUGUUGAGGGAUGAUGACUCUGAUGAAUUUGAUUAUAGUGAUUCAAAUGUACGACUUGACAUUGGA